GUGUUUGUCAGGAUGUGGAGCAGGUUUGGGUGCGUGAGACUGAUGGGACAGAAGCUCAGGAUUCAGUCUGGAGCGUCAGAGAUCAGAGAUCCAGAGACACACAGGACUCAGAGCUCAGCCUCACUUUACUCUGUUAUACUGACGCUCAGGAUCAUGAAUCCACUGAUCAAACCUCUGACUGUAACGCUGGAGAACAGCAGAUGCUGCAGACGCCGCUGAAGAUGUGCUCCGUCAAACUGGUGGACUGCAGGAACCUGAUCGAGAGCAGAGGAGAAGAAACCACCGCAGAGAAACAACAACAACACACUGAUGAGGAAGAGGAGGAGGAGGAGAAUAAUGGGGAGGAUGAUGAAGAUUGUACUGAGGAUAAUGGGGAUGAUGAUGAUGAAGAAUUCAUUCCUCCAGAUGUCAAUGGUGGCUCAUCUUCUGAUGGAGAUGAAGAAACAGUCUCAACUUCAAAAGAGCAGCUGCAGACCAAGAGUUUCUCCUGCAGCACCUGUGGAAAAACACUGAGUUCAGAGGGUCAUUUAGCAAGACACGAGAGAACACACACAGAACAGAAACAGAAAGAUUACAACUGUAAGAUAUGCAACAUCAGCUUUCCUACCGUAGAAGAGAGGAAACUUCAUUUAAAAGAGCACAGCGGGAAGAAGGAGUUUCACUGCAAACAGUGCGGGAAAUUGUUUUUAAUUUUUUCUAAACUACUAGUUCACAUGAAUACACACCGUGAAAAGUCUUUCCACUGCAGCGAAUGCGACAAGUAUUACAGCACCAAAUUAAGUCUUGAUGCUCAUAAGCGAAUCCACACGGGAGAAAGACCAUACAAGUGUCCUCACUGCAAGAAGACCUACAACCACAUAUCACAUCUGAGGACACAUGUGCGUUUGCACACCAAUGAGAGACCGUUUCAGUGCAGUGAAUGCGAGAAAGCCUUCACAAACUCAAGCUCUCUAAAGUCACACCAGAAAAUCCAUUCUGACGAGAAACCGUUUCAGUGCAAACACUGCGACAAAGGAUUCCGUCAAAGAUCAUAUCUGAAUCUUCACGAGAGGACACACACCGGAGAGAAACCGUAUCUGUGCUCCUACUGCGGGAAGAGCUUUUCAAAUUCUACUCAUUUUAAAGAACAUCAGAGAAUCCACACUGGAGAAAAACCAUUUCAAUGCAGUGUUUGUGGCAAGAGUUUCCGAAGGGGUGUUGCUUUACAGAUGCACACUAUAAUUCAUAGCGGUGAAAGACCAUUUAAAUGCUUACAGUGUGAAAAGACGUUUGCUCGAUCUGACGUCCUUAAGGUCCAUCAGCGAGUUCAUACAGGAGAGAAACCUUACUCCUGCCCCAUCUGCGGCGAGAGAUUUGCUUAUUUAGGUAGUUUUCAGACCCACCAGAACAAACACACUAAAGAACAAACUGCUCCUGAAUCAUCAGAGUGACUUUUCAUGUCUUGGUCUGUCAGUAAAGGAUUUAUUUUGGCAGUUGCUUUCAUCAUUCAUGCCAAGUGAUAUAUGACAGUAACAUCAUACAAAUUAUGAUUUCAAUUUAAAACAUGAACCAUAUAUUAUACAACAGCUGAACUGGAUUUCUGAGCAGUGUUUAGUCCAGGAUCACUGAGUGAUUUCACUCUUCGUACAGUAGGCUAUUCCACACCAGGGAGCCGCGUUAUUUGUCAUUUUAUUUUAUUUUUUCAUUUACUUUGGAAAUAUUUUCAUUUAUGGAGCCAAGAGCAUGAACUAUUGGUUACAAACUGAUCACUCAACAUUAACAGUUAAUAAAAGAAUUAAAUAACUCCAACAA